AUGAAUUAAUUAUAAUUAUCAUAAGCAUAGUCACCAAGAGAAAGUAAUUUCGAUUAUGACGAAUAACCUCAAACACAAUCUAUUUAAUUAAUUGAGAAUAGAGCUGCACUUUCAUUUAUCACUAAUGUAUUCAAACUCAUAUAAAGAAUUUAGAUAUAAAUUUUAGUUGCUAUAUUUUAAAUAUUGUUAAUACUUUUUAAUUCAUAUAUCGCCUUUGAUUUAAGCUAUAAGAUCUCCCUUCUAUAUGUGACAAUUUUGCAUUUCCUGUAAAUCAUUAGGAUAGGAGUUAAUAACAACAAGUAAAAUUUUACAAUUCAUUUGUUUAGAAAAAUAUAAAAUACUCAAUAUUGUUGCAUUUAGAUAUUUUGGGGAGUCCUGUCCAUUUCCUAUUAUGUACUUUAUUCUUUUAGCUUUUAAGGGAUGCUUGAUUUAUUUCUUAGAGAAUAAAGAUUUUCCGAUUCAGUACCCAAUAUUAAUGUAUUUGAUUUUCACUCUUACUUGGUUUGUUCUGACACUAAACAACUAUUUAAAAAAUAAAAAUGA